AUGCUUUGGAGAUAUCAACCACUGGACUUGGAGGCUGUCCUAUCGAGUGAAAUUCACGCUUCAGGCCCUUUUCGUGGAUUCCGCGUCAAUGGCAGCCGCAAGUACUGCAUUCGCAGUUCGACAAUGGCGACACACGUUUUGGAUCAAAUACCAAUUAUCAACAGCCGGACCAAUGGGGAUAGCGCAGCAUUCCUGGUCUCCACCGCAGCCGUACGGGCCGAAGAGAAACAGCAACGAAGACAAGUUGAUGUUAUUCUGAUGAAGUCGAAAAGAAGCAACCCAGCCAAGAGGACAACAGUGACGUUAAGUCGUACCAGUGGCAGCAAUGCGGUCACGUUGAUCUUUAUACUGACUGCCGCGCUGGCGCUCCUGCUGGUUUCUGUCCAGCUACAGCAGUGUCGGCAACGAUUGCUGAGAAAAACAAGUGGAGAAACUGCAGGAAGCACUAAGCGGAGACUGGCAGAAGGUGGCCAUGAAGACAACUGUGUACGCUUGGCUCCCGCAUCAACAAAAUGCCCUAAGGGUGCCUGUCGGUUCCACAAAGAACAGAACUCGGUCCCCACUCGACGGCGACUCCUCACCCCUCCCACACUUGGCAUCUAUUCUUUAUCCACGUCUCAAACUAUCUUCUUCCAAUAG